AUGUCGAAGCCAUCCGUCAUCAUCAUCGGCGCAUCUGGAAGCGUCGGCCGCCCGCUUGUCGACAGGUUCCUCAGUGAGGCCGACAAGUUUUCCAAGAUCGGCGUCUUAUCCUCUCCCUCAUCAGCUCACAAGUUUGAGAAUGAAAAGGCUCGUGACGUUGACGUCGUUGUUGGAUCCUUUGCCGAUCCCGCUUGCUACCGCGGAUACGACAUUGCCAUUAGUCUCGCCGGAAACACCAUCAUGCGCCUCCAACCAGCUAUGAUCGAUGCUGCUGUGGCCGGUGGAGUGACUCACUUUUAUCCGUCCGAGUUUGGCUCUGAUACAGCCCUGGACGCGUUGAAGGACUUUCGUUACUUCCAAGACAAGCGGAUGACGAGAUAUCACUGUGUGGCAACGGCCAAGCUGCACCCUCAGUUCAAGUAUACGUAUAUGCUGACUGCACCCUUUACUGAGUGGACUAUCCUGCCGUUUCAUGGUGUGGAUAGAACUGCCAAAAAGGUUGUCGCCUACGGCAUCAAGGAUAUGCCGAUGGAUGUAACUAGCCUGAAAGAUACCGUCCGUUAUACCGUGGCCUCCACUCUACUUCCCUUUGCAGAGGGCCAGCAAAAGCGAGAGAUUCGAGUCGUCGGUGAAAGAACAACUUUCCAGCGCAUUAUCGAUACGCUCGCGGAGAUCGAGGGCUGCGAAUAUGAGACUGUCUACGUGCCAAUCGAAGGCGCUCUGGAAAAGAUGGAUGCGGCUCGAAAGGCUGAAGAUGAAGAGUCAGAGCUGGAAUGGAGCGCAAGAGGAUUGCUGAACAGUGGCAAUGCUAUUGUAGAUGGGCCGUAUGAUAACAAGAGAUUGGAUCCUGCUCCGGCUGAGACUGUGAAGGAGACCUUUGAGAGAAUCCUUCGUGGCUAG